AUGACCGACACAGAAAGCCUGGUGGUGUCCAGCGACCCUAAACACCCCGCCAACCUCAUUGUCGAGCUGUGCAAGCUCUUCUACGACAACAACUGGGUGACUGGUACCGGAGGUGGCAUUUCCAUUCGAGAGGGCGAUACCGUGUGGUUGGCGCCUUCGGGCGUGCAAAAGGAGCGAAUGCAGCCCACCGACAUGUUUGUCAUGGAUCUCAAGAGCCGGGAUUAUCUGCGACGAUCACCCACCUUCAAGCCCUCGGCCUGCACGCCGCUGUUCCUCUCUGCAUACACUCUUAGAGACGCUGGAGCGUGCAUCCACACCCAUUCGCAGGCGGCUGUAAUGUGCACUCUGUUGUACGACAAGGUGUUCAAGAUCAGCAACAUUGAGCAGAUCAAGGCUAUUCCCCAGGUUGUCGAAUCCGGCUAUCUCUCCUUCUUCGACACUCUGGAGAUCCCCAUUAUCGAAAACACGGCCCAUGAGGAGGACCUGACAGACACCCUUCAAGCUGCCAUCAAGGAAUAUCCUACUUGCACUGCCGUUCUUGUUCGACGACAUGGUAUCUACGUAUGGGGAGAGACCGUAUGGAAGGCCAAGGUGUACAACGAGGCAAUUGACUACCUUCUGGAGCUGGCCGUCAAGAUGAUCCAGAUGGGAAUCGAUCCUGAGGGAGGAAUCGGUAGCGAGAAGCAGGGAAAAUUCUUUAGAGGGUUGCAGGGUUAG